AUGGGAAAGGCGAACUCGAAGCUCAAGCCUGAAGUGCUUAAUGAUCUGCUCAAGAAUACAGAAUUUACUGAAAGUGAACUACAAGAAUGGUAUCAAGGGUUCCUGAAAGACUGUCCCUCGGGUAACCUAACCGUCGACGAGUUCAAGAAAAUUUACGGCAACUUUUUUCCGUAUGGCGAUGCUUCGAAAUUCGCGGAACAUGUUUUUCGCACCUUCGAUGUCAAUGGCGAUGGCUCCAUUGAUUUCCGCGAGUUCAUCAUUGCCUUGUCAGUGACUUCGAGAGGCAUUUUAGAUCAGAAACUAAAGUGGGCGUUUUCAAUGUACGAUUUGGAUGGAAAUGGAACCAUUAAUAGAUCAGAAAUGCUAGAAAUCGUACAAGCAAUUUACAAAAUGGUUGGACAGGUCAUGAAGAUGCCAGAUGAUGAGUCGACGCCGGAAAAGCGCACUGACAAAAUCUUCCGUCAGAUGGACAAGGACAACGACGGUGAGAUAACUCUGGACGAGUUCAUCGAAGGAGCCAAGAGCGACCCGUCCAUUGUCAGACUACUCCAGUGCGAUCCAGGCGCGCCAACUCAGGGUCAGUCGUAA